AUGCCUGCCAUGUCCAAGAUCUCGGCUCUUGCCACUGGCGCAGCUGCGGUUACCGCAGCCACGGCCUUCGUCGGAGUGCCGCAGCAGGUGAAGCCUGCUCAGGCAACGCUCCGUGGCGCACAGGGCUCCACGGGCGCAAGCUCGGCCGGAAGCUCAGCAGGCGUGGCUCUUGGCCUCGGUGCCGUGGGCUUGGCUGCAGCCCUGACGCGCCCGGUCCAGGCUGCACGUAGUGGUGUGGUGCGCUGCGCCUACGAUGCCUCCAACGAGAUCGGCGCAUGCGACCCUCUGCUGUUCUGGGACCCGGUCGGCUACUGCAAGGACGGCUGCACCAAGGAGGACUUCGACCGUCGCCGAGCUGUGGAGCUCAAGCACGGAAGGCUCUGUAUGGUCGCCACCCUCGGUAUGGUGUGGCCAGACAUCUUCGGCAAGUUCGAUGGUUACCUCUCGCCUUCUCAGAACCUGAAGUUUUCCGACGUGCCCUCCGGAAUCGCAGCCGUGAGCAAGGUGCCGCUCGAAGGUUGGUUGCAGAUCCUCUUGGUCGCCGGCCUCAUUGAGACUCAGCUCCUCAAGGACCAGUCCUUCGGAGGGUUUGGCUACGCCAAGUACGGCGCAGAGCCCGGCAACUUCGGCACCGGCUACUGGGGCAGGAAGAUCCAGGACCCGGCUGAGCGCAAGCUGAAGCUGACCACGGAGCUCAACAACGGCCGACUGGCCAUGAUUGCCAUGGCAGGCAUGUUGAUUCAGAACGGCCUCACUGGGCAGUCCCCCAUUGAGCAGCUGACUGCCGGCCACAUCUCCCCCUUCAACGACGGCCAGGGCUUCUUUGCCUUCGACCCAUCUCAGGAGCUCGGUGCCUGCCCUCCUCUGGGCUACUGGGAUCCCUUUGGCAUGAUGGCCUUCCAGGAUGAGGAGAAGUUCCGUCGCAACCGGGAGCUGGAGCUCAAGCACGGCCGAAUCUGCAUGGUCGCCACCAUCGGCAUGAUUGUGCCGGACCUCUUUGGCCGCUUCGGUGGCUACCUCUCGCCCUCCAUGAACCUCAAGUUCUCUGACAUCCCUUGCACCAUUGAGGCCAUCUACAAGGUCCCAACCUUCGGCUGGCUGCAGGUCUUUGCCCUGGCAGGCGCCAUUGAGGCUAAGAACCAGGCCUUCCCUGAGAACUACGGCUACCCUCCUUUCUGGGGCAAGAUCAACUCCCUCGAGCCUGAGGAGAAGCAGAAGAAGCUGCUGGCUGAGAUCAACAACGGCCGCCUGGCAAUGGUUGCCAUGGCUGCCAUUGUGGCCCAGAAUGGUGCCACUGGCCAGUCCCUCGUCGAGCAGUUCACUACGGGCAACCUGAACCCUUUCGUGGGCGGCUACGCGCAGCAGGAGGCCGGAGACCGCUUGUCCAUGCGAGCUGAGUUCGGCUCCGCCGCUGGCAAGUCUACCGCCCUCCCUUGGGAUUCCGUCCCUGAGGGCCUCACCAACGACCUCUUCAACCCGACCUACGUGGGUGACGCGGGCUUCGACCCUGCCGGCUUUGCCAAGAACCAGCGCCUGCUGCCUUGGUACCGUGAGGCUGAGCUUGCCCAUGGCCGCGUUUGCAUGUUGGCCGUGCUCGGCUACACUGUCCAGACUUCCGGCGCGAAGUUCGAGCCCUUCAUCACCCGCUACCCAACGGACUCCGCCGACCCGCUGAAGGCGGCCACGCAGGUGCCCAUCGUCGGCUGGCUUCAGAUCAUCGUGGUGAUUGCCCUGUCCGAGCUCUGGCGCUACGAGAACGUGAUCAGCAAGUAUUCCCAGGGAGUCCAGCCCGGAGACCUUGGCUGGAACCCCACCGCCCCGGUGAGCAGCCCGCGCCCCAAGUGGUUUGGUCCCACCUUCACCGCUGCCUACAAGCCAGAGGAGUGGAACAACAUGAAGCUUCGUGAGAUCAAGCACUGCCGAUUGGCAAUGGUGGGCUUCUUCUUCAUGGUGCUCCGAAAUGCCUCCACUGGUGAGGGCCCUUCGCUGCUCCCCGACCUGACCACUGCGGAGUUCCAGUCCUCCGUCGGCGACUUCAUCCCCAGGGACAUCUGA